UUGCAGUCAGAUGAAUGCCGAGCGUCGAUGUGUCAGUAAUACUUCUUAUACCUUCAGCUAGCGAGACCCUUGCCUACCAGCUAUACUACGCUCUGCCCCGCUUCUCCUCUCCCUUUUCCUUCCCACCGUCCCCUCCGGACAAUCCUCCCUUCUCAUCCACCGCUUACAGCCUGUUGUUGCUGAGUCCUAUCUCCCGUCUGCAGUGGCUCAUCACACCCAGUAGUCCUUGAACGACACGACGUGCCGAACCUAGUGACCUCAUACACAGCGUCAAAGCUGAGACAAGUCACCGAGUUGGCCUCGGAUACCGGCUGAUGGCUGUCUGACCACCAGUACAAUGGGCUUCUUCAGCUUUCUUUCCAGGAAAUCCAGGAGAGACAAGGCCCAUACCCGCGUGGGCCCCAAAUCAUAUUCUUCUACUGCAUCUGGCCUCCAUCAUGAUCAAGAUGGAUGCUCCUUGGAUGGCACUGAUCCGCCAGUGGCCGACUCUGCUACCUCGCGACCUCCAGCAAACUUCAUUCACUCUCAGCCCUGCUUGGAUAACUCCUCCGAUGAUGAAGUUCCGGCGCCCGCCCCGAGCAUACCCAGGUUUCGAGAAGGGAGUCUGGAGAGGCCAAGCACAGCCCCAAAUGUCGGUCCAUCGAGCAUUCUGCUGCCAAGCAGCGGCCUCCCGUUGAAGCCGGGUGGCCAGAGAAGACCGCCUCCGCUCUCGUUCCGCACGACGCGGCUCGACACUGGUGCCACUCAGUCUCGACCAGGCUCCCGCGGCUCCAUCGCCUCAAUCAGCAGCGUACUGCGCAGGACUCCAGGGCGCACCCAUGCCAUUUCUCUGCAGAGCGACGGUAACAGAGCCUUUAAAGACAUCCUCGACGCCCAGUCGGAAAUCAAGCCGGCCGACUUCAGGGAGAGGGUCAAGGCUGCCGGUGUCAGAGACUAUGGCGAGGAUGUUGCUGAACGGAACAUGGCGGAGAGUGUGAUAGGCCUGGGAUCAAAUCAGGUCCGGGCAUUCUACGCCGAGUCAAAAGGGGUUGAGUCAAGUAAUCAGUCUCUGUCAAACCGGCCACCGCUGUCCCCACACAAGGCAGGCGUUCGCCGAUUGUCGCUUCGAUCAAACCAGUCCCUCUCGACAAGACGCGUAUCCUCGCAGAGCCCUUUGCUUUACAGCCCGAAAGCUCUUCGGUCUUCAUACUCGGGGCGUCGCCGAUCGGUCAUCACUUACAUGCCGCCGGGCUCUGGAGAUUGGGGCUUUCUGGCCCGCUCGAGCCCUGAUCGGUUCGGGGACCUCCCGCCAGGGAACCCAGUCAGAGAAAUUGGGAGGCUGGAAUCUGGGUUCUCGACGCUUAGGCUGAACUCGCACACCUUGCCUCAUCUUCCAGAGGCAGCACCGGCCCCCAUCAUCCGCACCCACAGGUUUCCGCGAGACUCGGUCGAGCUCGCAAAGAAGAGAGCAGAGGAGUCCGUGGGAGAUGAUGUGGUCAAGCACGACUCCCCCGCAACCGACUUUGCGCUCUGGUCGGCCAGCCGCUCACGCCGCUCGUCAACCCUGGGUUCCGCUACCUCAAACACCGGCAAGCAUCGCAAUUUUCAUUCCUUGCGCUCGUCUGUCUCAACGUCUGUUCUCAGCCAGGACUCUACUCAUGCUACGCGUUUGUUUCAUCCGCUUCGACCUGCUACUCGUGAUCAACAUCAGAAAACCCCUGAGAGACCCGGAAGACAGGGACUCAUGGGCGCCAUGGGUAAUGCUGGUGCCUCUACUUCAAUGCCAUCUCUUCUUAAACUUCACAAGGAUGAAGGACAAAUCCAUCGUCCGUCGUCACGGAGUGUUUCCCUAGUCCAAACCAAACAAGCAAGCAGCACUGCCGACGUCACCCUACCGGACGACGACAUCUUAGACUACCCUCCGCCGAUCCGAACCCGCAGCAUGCGCGGCUGGUCCGCCUCCUCCGGGACGCCCACCGUGUCGGAGAGCACCAUCGCCGCCAGCAUCACAACCAGUAACCUGAAUCGCCCGCACUCCCUCCACACGGCCGAUACCUCGGUCGACCUGAGCGUCGGCGCCGGAUCCCCCGUUCUCAAACAUGCCAAAUCCACAACGCACGAGUCAGACCCCGGCUCCGAUGCGGAUGGCGGCAAUCCUCACGCCGAGAACACCAUGCUCCGCUCAGAUACUGCCUGCGGCGACGCGUGCAAUGUGGACGACUACCUGUCCGCCUCUUCCACGACCGCGGAUGACUCCGACCCUCCCCAUCACCCGGUCCAUGACGACAAACACAACAGCAACACCAUCAACCUUGAGAAAUCCUUCGCCGCAGACACAUUCAACAUAGACGACUAUCUCUCGUCCGACGCCGAGUCCCUGACGGCGGCAACAACACGCAGCAGCAGCCGGCGGCCGACGGCCGAGGGCGAGGAAGAGUUGCUGUUCAACGAGGGUGGGUAUGGCGCGGCGGGGAUGCAGUUGCCGGGCUUGCCGGAGCUGCUUAGGAGCGAUGUGGACGGGGAGGGGACUCGUAACGGAUCUGGGACGAGGAGGGGGAUCAGAGCGGCGACGAGGACGAGCUUGGGUGCUGCUCCCGCUCCGGGACAAACGGCUUUGUUGGAUGUGUCGUGGGAGGGCUCCCGUUCUUAUUCCGGGAUGGGUUUGGGAAUAAUGAGCUAUGUAAGCGGUGGAAGGGGGAGGGGUGCUAGUGGGGUUGCAACGAAGGGCAUGAAGAAGAGGACGGAAGGGUAUCGGCGGGGAGAGAGGCGGGUGAAGAGGUUGGCGUUGAAUACCGGUUUGGAUGAUGAAGAUGAUGAGUCUGCAUGGGAUGAGGGUGUGACUGGGAGCGAAAGCCGUGGCGGGGCGAUAGAUCUAGAUGGGGAAGUGAGCGAUGGCGGGUAUGAGGCGGAUUAUGUUGAGGAUGAGUUUGAUGGGAUGUUUCGCCGUCGGCACCAUGGUAAGAAGCGCAUGAGGAGGCUGUCUGCCCCCCGCAGGCACGAGGAGACGGGCCGGGAACAGCAACACCAGGGCCUGGGAAACCACGGGGAGGCGCAGCGGCACCAGGGAAUCGUGGAGGAGAAGACGCCCGAGGAUAAGAACGCCGCCGCUGUCAAGCUGAGAAAGCAGAUCAAGACGGCGAGGAGACUGGCUGGUCAGCCUUCCGCGGCCGUGCUGCGGCGGAGGGAGCAGAGGGUGUCGGUGCCGGUUCUGCGGAUUGACGAGGCACUGUAGGGAACAUGCGCAACAAGACGGUCUCUAACGGGUUCAAGGAUCUUCUUUGUAUUGGAAGCUAGAAGAGGACAUAGCGGAAGACGGAGUCAGUUAUUCCAUGGCGCCUGAAGGAUACAGGGUGGUCUGGCUGGGAAAUCUGGCUAAACGGCGGAAGGGGGUUUGGAUGACGGCCAUGGCGGGGGACGGAUACACGGACUUGAUACCCGGUGAUAUGGCUACCUUGUGUAGAU